CGUUACGUAUUUGGGUCAUCCAGGCACCUGGGUUGUGUCUCUGCGCAUUCACGUUGGUUGAAAUUCUGAAUUGUUUUUUGCUUUCCAGGAAUCUGUGAAGCUUAUCAGUUCAAUUUUCUGGAGGUUGGGUCGAUUACAAUCUAUCGUAGCAGACACUGAGAGGAUAGGAAGAAGAAGAGAAAAGGGGGAAAGAAGAGAGGAGUAGAGAAAGAAAAGAGAAAAAGAAAGAAAAAGAGAGAGUUGAUUCUCUUUCGGACAUGUCAUGUGUGUUCUGUUUUGGAAGAUCCUUAACUUGCUUUGUGGACUGAGACGACAAUACGACGAUGUCUCCGAUGUUAAGUAGCUGGCAUCAGCAUGUUUUAGAGGAAAAUGGGAAAGACCAAACAACAUGUGCUUUAAAGUCCAGUGUAUCCUGGCAAGGAGUAGAAAAAAGAAAAGGUAGAAGAAACAGCAAAGAAAACUGGAUCAAUUAAGCAGAAAAGACUGAAGUGAGUUGAGCAGUUAGAAAAAAUGUCUUCAGAAGAAGUAUGCCACAAGGUCUUGCCACCAGAUAAGGAGGAAAGAAAACGACUUGCUGAAGAACAUAAAAAAGAUGAAGAUCCUUCACUGAAGCCCACUCUAAGAACUUAUCCUGAACCUUUCUCUGACUCUGAAAAUGAAGAGCCAUUUGCUGUUAGGACCUGGCAUCCCUCAGCUUUUGUUUCAAAGAACAAUAUGCAAUCAUCUGCCAGCAUAUCAGGAAAGCCAGCCCUUGGAGUGGAAAGAAGUCAUAGUUGCUGCAGCACUUCUGAUUUAAAAAAGUCAAAGUUUAGACAGACCACACAAGCAAAUGCAAAUAAGACUGGCUCUGUAACAAACACAUUUGGUGCUGUACUGGGAGUUUUACUAUCAACAGAAAAUAAUCGUUCUUUCUCUGCUCCAGAUCUAUUAUUGGAGAAAAGACUAGGUGGAAGUUGUGUGCUAGCCACUGUACCUCAAAAGUCAGAGCGUUCUGUUAGUCCUGACAGUAAUGACAGUAUCUCUGAAGAGCUCAACCAUUUUAAGCCCAUUGUCUGCUCACCAUGUACCCCUCCAAAAAGACUUCCUGAUGGCAGGCUAUUGAACCCAACAAUUGUAAAAUCAUCUCCCAGAAAUCUCAACCGCAGUUUUCAGAAAGCAACAUCGUAUGAAGCCAGUCCUAAAAUAUUAAAGAAAUGGGAACAGAUUUUAAAGGAUCGUCAUGUUGAAAGUACAACUUCAAAAGCUACUCUGACUUCUACUUCUGACAUGGAUGAGGAAUUUAAAAUUUGUUCAGUCAACCCUGCCUCUUCAAGUAGCUGUUUUAAUGUACGAAGUAAAGUGCAAACAAAGUCCAACUCAGAUGUAGAACUGCUGACUUGCCAACCUUCACACUGCACUGCUAUAAAAAUAACUGCAGAGAUGGAUCAUGUACCUAACAUUCUCCCAGAAAGCAGGAAUAUAACUUGUAAUAUAGGGCAUGGCAUCAAUGUUCUGAAAGGAGGAAGCAAAGAAAAAUGUAUUUUGCAAACAGGCAGUAAAACUCCAGAUAAUUUUGUGUCUGCUCAUCAGUCUUUACCCACAGCAGAAUCCAGUAGAGGACUGUCUGGUCAUCCUAUUUCUGCCUUUGUAUCUGACACGAUGUUAAAAUUUAGUGCUGCUUGUAAUGUGCCAUCUAGUUUGAAUGAAAAGUGCCUAAGUAAUAAAAUCUGUAAAGUUAACUAUGAAAAUUGCAUAGUACAACAUUUACCAAGAAAGAACAAUAUGCUGAAAUCUGCAGUCAGGGUAGAGGGUGAAAAUGGUGAAGAUUUAAAUAGCUCUAACUUUGUUGAAAAACAAAAUGGUCCAUGCAUUUCAACUCGGAUUAUAAGUGGUGGGCAGUCACCUUCACAGAGACAUGCCCAAAAAAGAUGUUACAAAAGUAAGCAUUUGGAACAGAGCCUUGCUGGUAAACGACAGAAACAGUCCACUGAAGAGGUGCACCUGACAGCAUGUCAGGAGCAAGAAGACUGCAAGCUAACCUUGAAGGUCAACAAAAAGCUUAACAAGGAAAGGACCACCAUCAAUAGACAUAAAGGGAGUAGGGAUGAGUACCCUAUACGUUCAAGGAGCAUUACAAAUAAGAAAUAGCAUCUGUAUGUGUGUAUGCAGUACACAUGGGUUGUUAUGCAUAGAUGCAUACAUAGAAUUAUAUACAUGCAUGUGAACUACAUGCAUUUCCAUCACAGUUUUUUGAAUUGUUUUAAAUCUAAUGCAGAUUAAAUGAUUUUUUUCUCCCCA